CGGCUCGUCCCCUAGGGACCCGCCACGGCGCGGCCCGGGUGGGCGCCAUCUGCGCGCUCUGCGCCCCUGCCCUCGUCCGCCCUCCACACCGCGACCCCGGCCGAGGGCCCGAGCAGCCGCGGGGCGCUUUAGCGCGGGGCGAGCGGGGCCGCCGCGCCGCCCGCCGCCAUGGAGCUCGGGCUGCCUGGCGGUCCCGGGCCCGCCGAGCCGGGGCCUCGCUUGCGCGGCUUGCGCGGCGAGGACCGAGCGGCCUCGGCCUCCUCAGUGAGCCAGGCCGAGGCCGAGGCCGGGCGCCGCGCUCCGUCCGUGGCGGCCGUGUUGCCGGCGGGGGGGAGCGGGGAGCGGAUGGGCGUCCCCACCCCGAAGCAGUUCUGCCCCAUCCUGGAGAGGCCGCUCAUCAGCUACACCCUGCAGGCCCUGGAGAGAGUAUGUUGGAUAAAGGACAUUGUCGUGGCAGUAACUGGAGAGAACAUGGAAGUGAUGAAGGAUAUUAUUCAGAGGUACCAGCAUAAACACAUCUCACUAGUUGAAGCUGGAGUGACCCGCCACAGGUCAAUUUUCAAUGCACUGAAAGCACUGGCAGAGGAUCAGCCCAAUUCUAAGCUCGCUAAGCCAGAAGUGGUGAUUAUCCACGAUGCUGUGAGACCAUUUGUUGAGGAAGGCGUCCUCCUUGAAGUUGUCAUAGCUGCUAAGGAACAUGGGGCAGCAGGAGCAAUUCGACCUCUUGUAUCUACUGUCAUCAGUCCAUCUGUUGAUGGUUGCUUAGACUACUCACUAGAACGUGCCAGACACAGGGCAAGUGAAAUGCCACAAGCCUUUCUAUUUGAUGUGAUCUAUGAAGCAUAUCAGCAGGUUGAGAUCUACUUGAAGAUAAUCAGUUUGACCUGGAGUGAAUUGGAGAACUCCCCAUUCUUGGGAAAGGCGAAGUGUAGUGACUAUGACUUGGAAUUUGGAACUGAGUGUUUGCAAUUGGCUCUAAAAUACUGUCACACGAAAGCCAAACUUGUAGAAGGAUCACCUGAUCUGUGGAAGGUGACCUACAAACGAGAUCUGUAUGCAGCUGAAUCGAUUAUUAAGGAAAGAAUUUCACAACAGAUUUGCAUAGUUAUGGAUGCAAAAGAAGAUGAAGAGCAUUUAGGUCAUUGUCUUGAAGAAAUGCUAAGAAAAGAAUUAAAUCAUGUAAAAGUCACAUCUGGGGCUCUGUGUCAUGCUGACAGACAUCUUCAACAAAUCAUCUUAGAGCCAUGCUACAAUUUUGUUUGUGUGAAUGUUAUGACCUCUGAUUUUGAAGAAACCCAGAAAUUACUGAAUAUGCUCGAAAAGAGUAAUCUUUCCAUUUUAUAUCCUGUUGUUGUUAUUUCAGUGCAUUUUCUUGAUUGUAAAUCAGUACCUUUUGGUCAGAAAAUGGAACACCUAAUGCAGAUUAGAGAAUUAGCAAAGGAAGUGAAAAAAAGAAAUAUUUUAUUAUGUGGCCUUCUCAUAUAUUACCCACAGGAUAAGCAGAGGCUACAGGAAAGUUUAAGGCAAGGUGCCGCUAUUAUUGCCACUUUAAUCAAAGAAAGAAAUGCUGGACUUGUUGGUCAGCUAUUGAUAGCGUGAAGAACACAGAAAAUUACCUACUGAAUUUUUAGAAAUGUUUACCUACGUAUCUCUUUUGUGCUUCCCUCCCUAUUGUAUGUGGUAGAAUAUUUAAGUUUUGUUAUAUCUCAUAAUUUGUAGAUGUGACACUUGGGUUAUAAAAGUGGAUCAAUGCUUAUAUCUGUGAAAUAAAAAUUUACUUUUGUGCAUGUCAAAUAUAAAUUGCCUGAAUCAGAAAAGGAUAAGUGGAAAAUAAUACCCUUCACAUAAUCUUUUCACAGAGGCAUGAAAGAUCAAACAGAAAUGAUAAUGGGUGAGCUAAUCCUCCAAGGAAUGAGAAUUUAGAAAGCUUCAACUAUUAUCUCUGUGUUAAUUAGUAAAUCACCCUAUAAUGAACCUAAUAGAGAGGAUUCAGGAUUAUUCCUAAUUCUAAAAUUGUCCUCUUGUGAUGUGAUAUUUUGACUUGUAUUCUAAUUUUCUACACCAUAAAGAAAAAAAAACAGGAGCUAACAGGGAACUCGGGUUCAGAUAUCUUCACCAUUGGCCUCACAUUGCUCUAGAUCCCUAAAGCAGAUGUCAUUUCCUCCUGCUUUUUACUAUUUUAAAAUUGUAUGUUUUCCUUGGUUGAUGAAAUAUAAAAUUUUGACUUACUUAAAAGGUCUCUGAUUUUUCUGAAUAAAUUUAAAGGACUAGAAAGCUUCAUAAAAGUGAAAUUAUUUUGGUCAAUCCCACGUCUUCUUCUAAAAGGCAGGAGUCAAUGCACCUCCAAGAAUUAAGUUAAUUCUUCUUUUGAUACAGACACUGCUGUGUUUUUAAAUCAAGUUCUUAUUCUUUCAAAUUUCCACUGGUGUAUACAUCUUAAAUAUUGAUGAUUUUCUCUUAUAUUACAUUUUACAAUAUGUACAUCCAGUCAUUAGAGAUGCCUUUUAUUGUAUAUAUAUACAUUGACCUUAUAAAAGCACAUUUGAUGAGAUUCUUCCAGGGCUUAGGCUGCAUGUGGAAACUAUAAAAGUUGCAUGAAAGGUUUUCAGUUAAAGGUAGACUUUGCAAUAUCUACCUUGUGCAAUUUCUUCUUAACAUGCUGGAUGAUUUUACCUAUAUUUCUCAAGUAUUUACAUUAAUAAAAGAGUUUAUAUUUUACAUUUAAGUAAUAGUAGAAUAUAAUGGACAUGGAGUAAUUAUUGCAAUUCAUUCUCUUAAAUGUGUUGUUUGAAUGUAGGCUUAGAUCUAAAUUCCUGGGCUUGCCAUUUUUGCUCUCUAUCCAGGGAUGUUAAGAAUAUAAAAUAAAUCAUUUAAUUCGAAAUCUUGAGUAUGAAAAUACAUGGGCAAUGUGUGGAUUUUUGUUAGAAUGUUUAUGUCGUUGUCAAGGGGAGUUGGCUGUGUUGUGAAAGAUCCACACAGCGCGCCUGUUGAAGUCUUCAGGUGAAAAUGUUUUAAGAUUUGAAAGUGCUCAUAAAGGUAAAAGGGAAAAUGUUAUCGAGGUUUUAAAGAGAGGGUGAGUGCUUUUAAGUGCACGGUAGGAAACUGGGCAUAUCCAUGGCACAGCAAAAUCGCUGUGUCUAUUGAGUGCUGGCUGAGUUACCUUCGAUUUCAACUUAAUAAUGGAAUGUUAUGCCAAACUAGAAUUUAUCCUGGAGCAACUAGUAUGACUUUCCUAGGUGAUUGGAAACAUUUAGUGUAAUGAGGUUUAGUUAAUAAAAUAUUAAAUUGUGAAAUCAUCA